CUGAAAUGACAAGUACUAUCUGCUGUUGUGACACAGGAGUGGAGACAGAUGCGCAGGAAGGACCUGAGAGGGCUCAGGAUGGUCCUGCCUGUGUGUGUGCGUGCCCAUUGUGACUUGGCCUCCCCUGCCCAAUGUCCCUGCUCCUAACCUCUCUAUCAGAUGCAGUGGCUAAGUGAACCCUUUCUAACCUAGGAACCCCAUGGGCCGUACGGGGUUGCGUGGACGCGGGAACCUCCGCUGGUUUGGACCCAACCAUACACUGCAGCCAGUGGUUACUCGGUGGAAGAGGAACCAGGGUGGAGCCAUCUGCCGAAAGAGUGUAAAGAAGAUGCUGGAGGUGCUGGUGAUGAAACUGCCGCACUCUGAGCACUGGGCCCUGCCGGGGGGCUCUCGGGAGCCAGGGGAGAUGCUGCCACGGAAGCUGAAACGGGUCCUCCGGCAAGAGUUUUGGGUGGCCUUUGAGACCUUGUUGAUGCAGGGUACAGAGGUGUACAAAGGGUACGUGGAUGACCCAAGGAACACAGACAAUGCCUGGAUCGAGACGGUGGCUGUCAGCAUCCAUUUCCAGGGCCAGAAUGAUGUGGAGCUGAAAAGGCUGGAAGAGGUAUGAGGACCACCCCCCAGAGAGCAGGGAGCACAGUGGAGUGCUCCAGACAUAUCUCAGGGCUCUCUCCAUAGCGGUCUGCUUGGGGCCUCGAGACAGAGCUGGGUCUCCCAUGGGUGGGAGGCUAACAUGCAGAUUCUCAUCCUGAAGGGACCAAGGGGGCGCCAGGGAGAGGCCAGAGAGCCAGAGUAGAGGCUGAGCAGUGGGCCUGUACCCAGGCCAUUCAGUGAGCUCUGUGUUAGUUAUAUUGCUGUGACCAAAUACUUGGAAAAAAAGCAACUUGAGAGAGGGUCUAUCUUGGCUCAUGGCUGGUCAUGGCUGGGGAGUCAUGGCAGCGGGAG